AUGGUUCAUUUACUCAAGAACUGCGGAUCCAGAUCAGCUGUUACAAUCGAACCUGAACCAACAUCAGUUCCAGUAGGCGAGAAGAUCCUCAAAGAGAAUAUGCUGAACCCGCCGGAGACUUUUCUUCUCACAAGUCUCUAUAUCAAUGGAUAUGGUGUAGACAAGGAUACAUCGUGCACAUCCAAGUGGCUCUUCCACGCCUGGGGAGUAGAUCAUCCACUUUCGGCGGCGUACGGGUAUCGAAUCGCGCGUGCGACUGGUAUCACAUUUGAUAACACAGAGAGCGUAGUCGCAUCGUUAAAAUUAAUGGCCCUGCGUGAUUCAAGAACUGCUCUCGAAGAUCUCGCGAUCGUAUCCAAGGACGAAUACAAGGAAACGACGAAGAUUAUUCGCACCGGCCUCUCAGGCACCGGCGCGAGUCACUCUUCCGAAGAAGAAAUGCCUCAUGGUUUUAGGUACGGAAUGUGGAUAAAGACUUUUGAAAACAUUCCCAUUAUACUCGAGAAUUUUUCUCGACUGCCUCACAUCGCUGAUUACACGAUUAACAAGAGAGGCGACCGCAUCCUUCACAUGGCCGUAAGUUGUGGUCAAACAGAAGCGAUCGAGGCUCUGCUAAAUCGAUUUCUCUCACUUACUGUUAAUCAACUCAAUAAACAGGGCGCAUGCCGUGCCGGCCAAAGUCGCACAGUCUUGUGGCUCACCUCGCAUGGAGCAACUGCAUUAAUAGGAGCACGGAAUGGAGAGUCUCCACUUCACUGGCUGAUACCCUUCGAUGAUGAAGAGGUGGAAAGAGUCUAUCCAGGACUGAUCCAACCUGGCGCAGAUACAACCGCGAAGACAUCAACCAUCAUAGCCUACCAAGCGGACUUUCCGGCAGCGGCAGUUCCUGAUCGGCUCCCGAGGGCAACUCACUGUGACCGCCCUCAAAUUGUACCGUCUUUGCUGUCCAACAUUGCAGAUCCACGGAUAUGUAACGAAAGAUGGCCUCAAGCAAACACUGCUUUGAGGGUUGGCGCAUCGCAGCUUCGUUCAGAGUGUUUGGAAUUGAUGAUGCACGCCAUGGAGCAAUACAUUGUUGAGCAUGAGAGAGCAGGAUCCCGAGACUUCUUAGUGGCGGAACUCCUCGAGCAAGCCGUCCAUGGCAGCAGCCUGUUUGAUAUGAUCCUUUAUCAUGGCCCGAAGAAUCAACAGGCGAUGGAAUCAACAUUCAACUGUCUGCUGCCCAGGGCCAGCAGAAUUACUUAUGGCGCUUACGGCGGGUUCAAGCAGACGCUUCUCUAUUUCGACGUUUCGCUAGCCCGAGAUGAAUUGGUUGAAUACCUCGUCAAACACGGAGCCGACGUUAUCAAAGCUAGAACAGACCAUGAUGAAGAAGCCAUUGAAUCCCAGGAUGUUGGUACGUUCAAAAGGGCCGACAUCAAUCGCGCAAGCGGCGUUAACAUGCGAACGCCGCUUCUAGAGGCAGUUCGAUGGAAUCGUCCAGCACUGGUUAAUCUUCUCCUCGAGCACGGGGCACAAGCCACCAAAGCUUCCAAGAAUCCAUUCAGCGGACAAGAUUCAACGUGGACCGCUCUCCAUAUCUUGGCCUAUGCAGGGCAAGAUGCUACGCGGCUAGUCCAACAACCUCUUGACCACGGCGCGGCCCUCAAUGGUCUCCCAGACCAUUUCCAUACAACUGAAUCCCCGUUGCUCAUCGCCGUGCUGAAUGACGCCUUCCAUCUCGCCCACAGCCUUGUAUCGCAUGGUGCCGACUUGAACUUCACCACCCUGAGCUGCGGCCACCUGACCUUGUCCAACCCCACAACCAUCCUCGGUCAUGUUAUCGCCUCCAACGCGCGCAAUUCAAUCGCACGUCUCUGCUACCUUCUUGGCAGCGCAUCAAUGCGUGAUGGCCUCCAUUUCAUCGUAGAGCCAGCCCGGCAGUGGACGGCACUGCACCGUGCCGCAGCGGCUCAUAUCGACGUCGAGUUCCGCGGGACGGAUGCGACCGAGGCGGCGGAGCUGCACUGGGCUGACGUCGAUUGGAGUGCCGGCCGCGAGAGCAUGAAUGAGAUACUCAGGCAUUUUAAUAAACCGGAACAGCUUAACGCUGUUGAGACGAGCACGGGGCUAACACCGAUGCACCUGGCGGUUCUCGCGGGGAACGAGGCUGCAGUGAGCUUGCUUCUUGAUCAUGGUGCCCGCAGCGAUGUGCCGAGUGUAGGUGGCCAGGGUGCGACAGCCGAUGAUACGGGACUUGGAAUACAGAUGGGGGGGGGGUAUCUAUGA